AUGCUGCGGCCAUUCCGACCAAUCCUCCACUCGGACACUUCCCUCGUAUAUGACGAGACGAGCCACCACGUGGUCUCUGUCGACACCCCGGCGCUACUGCUCCGGACGCUGCUCGAAGACGGCGGCGGCCGGCUGAGGCGGCAAAUCAGCAGCAUCAAGUGCUACGUGCUUCUCUGGCAGCAGUUCCUGUACGGGCAAGACAAUGGCCGCGGCAACGGCAGCGGCGGGACCAUCAUCGACCCGGAAGGCAUCAUGGCCAGCUGGAACCGGAUCGCACCCACGAUCAAGCACCCACCCCCUGAAUCCCUUGCGGCAAGGAUUCUUAAACAUGUCGGGUUAAGCACCAGCACCAGCACCAGCACCAGCGGUAGGAGCAUGAACCAGGAGCCGGUCCGAUACGGCAUCCCCGAGCGCGUCGUGGCCGCGAUCCUGAUUCUCUGCACGAAUCUGCAGCACCUCCAAAUGAUCUGCCCGCCGUGGCACUCGUCUGCCUCGGUGCCGGGCAUGACCGAGCCGAUGCGGUAUGUAGUCCUCGACAGCCUGCUGCGGGAGGCGUGGAAGGGUGACAGCCGAUUGCGUCUUGUCGAGCGCAACCACGCUGGGGAGGAAAACGACGAAGACACAGCAUCGCCGCUGCAAAAGCUGCACAGCGUGACGUUUACCGGGAUGGCCGGGCUGAGAGCCUGCAGCGCAAACUACGAGGAGGAGGAGCUCUGCUACAGCGACGAUCCGUGCCCGGGGUCGUAUGUCGCACGCGGAGACGUCUGUCCGGCCCUCACGUACGCUCCGGGCGUGGUCGAGAUUGCCACGCACGGGACAAAAGGCGGCUGGUAUGACUUCAUGCAGCAGGAUGGUAAUCCCCACGACCGGUCAUCCAGCGGCGGAAGCAGCAGUGCAGAGCUUGAGACAGCGGCAACGACGCCGGCCACGACAAUGACAACAACGGCAACGAUAACAACACCGGACAGGGCGACUUCGGCGGGCCUCACAAGAGUGCACGUCAGCAGUCCCAGCCUGGACCACGAGCUGCUUGCGCUCUUCCGGCUCGGCGCGUUCGACGACCUGCCGCGCCUGCAGGGCCGGGACGACACAAUGCGGGACAUUGCCAUCGCGCAGCCCCUGCCUUGGAUGCCGCAGGAAUCAUUCCCAUCGUCAUUAUCAGAAUCAUUUUCUUCCUCUUCAUCAUCAGAGCUAGAACCAGAACUAGAACCGACAUCCAUGACUAUUUCUACUGCUCCUACUCUUACAUCAUCAGCAACAACAACAACGACAACAGCCCAGCCCCUCAGCCUGAGCAUCUUGGACCGGGGCCUCUCGCAACACGCACAGUCCCUGCGCAGGCUGGACCUUGGCAGGUGCUGGAACCUCGGCGGCGGCGGGUGCUCGGCCAGGCCACUGCGCGUGCUCCCCUUGCUUACCGGGCUUGAGGAGCUGAGCAUCGCGCUGCCCUUGGUCGCAACGAAUCGGGAGCUGUGGCGGUUCUACCUUCUCAUGGCCGGCGCUGGUGGUGAUGAUUAUGAUGCCUCGUCGCCGGCUGCUGCUGCUGCGGUGGAGGGCAUGGCGAGGCUCACGGCUGCUGUGCAUGAGGUGCUGGGGGGUUCGACACCGGACGGGGAGCGGACGGAGAUGAGGGCUGCGGUUCUUGAUCGUGCUGGUUUCACUGGCGGUACUGGUGGUGGUGGUGGUGGUACUGGUGGUGAGAAUGGACCAGCGGGACAGGGCGCCGCCGGGUGGGAGUGGGAUCUGCCGUUCCUGCGGAGCAUCCCGGCUUCCAUCAAGAGACUAUGUAUCACAGACUCAGUCGACGUCCCGGAGAGCGCAUACCUGGCAAGACACGGCGAGUAUGGCUCCGGCAACGGGAUCCCGGACUUCACACAGCAGCUGGUGGCGGUCCCUGACAAUGGCGGUGGUGGUGGUGACGGCGAUGGCGCAGGUGGUGCUGAGACGGACGAGAAUGUCCCCUGCAUCAUGCCCCGUAGAACGCUGGCGAGGCUGGAGAAGAUUGCCGCUGCGGAGCAGGAGCACCUCGGGGACUUCCUGCGCCCGCCGGACGAGCAUGCCCGGCUCGCCAUAGAGCUGGGCCCGCCGUCUCCGGGCUGCGAGCUGGCGCACAAGGCGCUCCUCCCGCUGGCGUUGCGGCGUUUUGCGGACGUGUGCCGGGUGACGCAUCCGCGGCUGGAGAGCAUGUCUGUGUGUGUGGACCGGCCAUUACUGGAGUAUAAAGGUGAUGCUCCUGACCCUGCUGGGCAGAAAGAGUAUCAAGCGGGACACCUGGUGUACGGGGCAGAGGAGCUGGCCGGGCUGUUUGCAGAAGCUGGUAUUGCAUUCGGGGUUACUCUCGCUUGA